AUGUCGCUGCAGUUUGACGCCUGGCAGGUGGUCCGUGAUGAAAAGGACUUGGGAGAUUAUGAGGCGCUGCAGCAGCGGUUUGGGGAGAAUCCACGGUUCCAGAUCAUGCAGAACCUCCAGAAGCGGUGGCCGGGAUUGAGUUUCAACGAUGUGCAGUUCAGGAUGCUGGCGCGGAGUGCGUGUUUCGUGAGUGUGCAGGGAGGGGGCUGUACACUCCAGAGCUACUUUGGCGGCACCCAUAUCGUCUAUUUUCACCUGGGUCAUCCGCUCUCCCUCUGCUUCGAGCAGCCCCCACUGCUGUGCCCCCUCUGCACUGCACGCACGCAGCACCAGGGCAUGCAGCAGCAGGGCGGGCAGCAGGGUGGGGGAGAGAAGUCAGAAGGAGGUGGCAGUGCGGCACUGCAGCAGUGCCAAGAGUCUGCGCCGGCUGUGUUCUUUCCACAUCACGCCUCGCCCGCAGCAGCACGCCAUACACCCCGUGGCUCCUUCCCAGAAGUUUCCUUCUGGCAUUCGCGCUGA